AUGGCUCGCCAUCCAGCCUUAGUUCUGUACAAACGCGCGCUGAAACUGUCGCUUGACUGGGCCGUCCAUCGCAACCUCUGGCGCGGCCAGGCAGUCUACAUCCGCUCGCUCUUCGAGGCCAACAAGAAUGUCCGGAAUCCUCACGAGCAGAGGGUCCUGCUGCAAGAAACGGAGAAACUGCUGGAGAAGUGGAAGCAUCCCGACCCUUACCGGGCGCCAACAGCACCAGGAGGAUCCAAGUGGGAGAGAAACCUGCCUGUUCCCAUCUUGAACGAGCCACAACCACAGCAUCUAGCCAAGGUCGAGAACUAA